UAUUAUUGCAGUCAUUGAUUGCAUAAUCACUGCUUCUAUUGACUGUUGAAUAUUAGUCGACAUUAUAAACAUUACACAAAAUAUCCAUACAUUUAGUGACCAAUUGUUUCGUGAUUUACAUUACAUUAUAUAUUGAUUAUUAUAUAUUAAUAUUAUUAAUCAUUUAUUAUUAUUAAUGUUAUGUUUGGACUCUAAGUUUGAUUUACAACUAAUUUAAAAUCUUUUUUAUCCAUUAAUUGAUUUGCCGUCAAAAUGGAUGACAACAGUCAAUCAGACAUAUGUCGUGUUUGUCGAUCGGAAGCACUUCCAGACAAACCACUGUUUCAUCCAUGCAUUUGUACGGGAAGUAUCAAAUUUAUACAUCAAGAUUGUUUAGUCCAAUGGUUGAAAUAUAGUGAGAAAGAGUUUUGUGAGUUAUGUAACCAUCGAUUCUCUUUCAUUCCAAUUUACUCGCCAGAUAUGCCUAAAAGGCUGCCAAUACGUGAUAUCAUUAGUGGUUUGUUCGGCUCUUUAGGAACAGCUGUCCGCUAUUGGCUGCACUACACACUGGUUGCGGUCGCGUGGCUCGGGAUCGUACCGUUAACUGCUUACAGAAUAUAUCGAUCAUUAUUUAGUAAUACAAUGAAUUCAGUCCUGACAUUGCCGUUAGAUAUGUUCAGUACUGAGAACUUAAUAUCCGACGGCUUUUAUGGCUGUUGUGUUGUUACGUGUACUUUGAGUGCCUUUAUUAGUCUGAUUUGGCUGAGAGAGCAGAUUUUAAGAGGUGGUGGUCCCGAUUGGCUCGAACAACAACUUAACAUUCAAAAUGCUGUUCCGCACAUUCAAGACAGAGACCAACAAAAUGAUAACAACGAUAACAAUAAUGAACAAAAUAAUGAUAAUAAUGAUGAAGGAAUUGGCGAUGAAAAUGAUGAAGAAGACAACAUUGAUGGAGGAGAUGCUGAAGUAGGUGCUAAUCCUAACGUUGUCGAUAUAGUCGAGAACAAUCAAAAUGAAUUACAGGUCAUUGACAAUCACAAUGCGGUUAAUGCUGUGGCUAACGGUGCCGCUCAAGACUGGAAUCCAGGUGUUGAAUGGGAUCGUGCGGCUGAAGAGCUCACUUGGGAAAGGAUUUUAGGAUUGGAUGGUUCGCUAGUAUUUUUGGAGCACGUAUUUUGGGUGAUAUCACUGAACACCCUAUUUAUAGUAAUAUUUGCAUUUUGUCCGUACCAUAUCGGCAACUUUAUUAUAACAAAACUCAACUUCGAUACAGUCAUAUCUACGACACAUUUCGAUGGUUUUGUUACGACUUUAACCGGAUAUUUAGCGGUCGGCAUAAUUCUAGUCACUUUUCACGCGUUUGCAUCGAUUACGCGCUUCAGACGCACCGAACGAUUUUUAGGGUUAUGUUAUGUUGUAGUGAAAGUGUCGUUACUGUCAGUGCUUGAAAUCGGCGUUUUCCCGUUGGUGUGCGGCUGGUGGCUGGAUAUAUGCUCUCUGCCUAUGCUGGACGCCACUAUUCAGAACAGGAUUACCAGCUUCCGUAUAGCUCCGGGAACGUCAAUGUUUAUUCAUUGGUUGGUUGGAAUGGUUUAUGUUUUCUACUUCGCCUCCUUUAUACUAUUGCUUCGAGAAGUGUUACGACCGGGAGUUUUAUGGUUUUUGCAAAACCUUAAUGAUCCAGAUUUUAAUCCCAUCCAAGAGAUGAUACAUUUACCUAUCAUUGGUCACAUCAGACGUUUUUUAGCUUCUUUGGUCAUAUUUGGCACAACUGUUUUACUAAUGAUAUGGUUUCCCGUUUGUGUCGUUCAAAAACUUAUUCCAGAUUUUCUGCCCUAUAAUGUUGUGCUUUCAAAUGAAUCUCCAGUCAGUGAACUAUCAUUAGAGUUUCUAUUACUCCAAUUGGUAUUACCUGCACUGUUAGACCACGGUCAUCUGAGACAAUGGCUCAAAAUGUUGGUCCGUGGCUGGUGUUUAGUCGUCUCAUAUUUAUUGGAUAUUCGAUCGUAUCUUUUGGGUGACAUUCAGCCAAAUGAAGAACAGAAUGAAGAAAAUGAUGAAAACCUUCAACUGAAUGGUCAGAAUCGCAACGAUUUUGUUCGAAUGGGUUUUAUUCGACCGGAUUUCUUCUCACUUCGGAUUUUAUUAUUACUAUUAUUAACUUCAAUAUCACUUUUAUUGGGCGGUCUUUUUGUAUUAACUGUUCCCGUUAUUGUUGGCCGUCGUCUUAUUGGACUUUGGAUGGGAAGCAUCAAAGUUCAUGAACUCAAUACCGCCGCUUGUGGUCUAUAUGUGGGACUCGUGGCUACCAGAGUAACAACACUUCUUUGUUCUUGGAUUCCUCGCGGAUGGUCUGCAAUACUGAGAAAAAUCAAAGAAUGGGUUGCAAUAACACUGAAGGCAUUAAUUGCUGCCUUUAUUUUGUUGGGUUUAAUACCACUACUAAUUGGUCUACUGUUUGAUGUCGUCAUUAUUAUCCCACUUCGCGUUCCUCUCAAUCAGACACCGAUCUUCUAUUUAUGGCAGGACUGGGCUUUUGGCGUUCUUCACACGAAAGUCAUCUGUGGAAUUGCAAUGAUGGGUGAAUGGAGACUACGGGAAGUACUGGAAGAGAUAUAUCACGGAGGACUGGCUCAUAUAAAUUUGCGACUAAUAAUGAUGAGACUGGCAAUGCCUGUAAUCGUGGCACUGGUGCUCAUUCUGGCGCUGCCAUACAUUACAGUAAAUAGUAUUCUUCCAAUGUUUGGAGUAACGUUUGAAAUGCAGAAUAUAAUGAAUCGUCGGAUCCACCCAUUGCUGCUAUUGAGCACAUGUAUCAUAUAUUUAAUUCAUUGGCAAAUACAUAAGUUUUACCGAUUAUAUGAGCACAUCAAGAAUGACAAGUAUUUAGUUGGCCGUCGAUUAGUCAAUUAUGAACCAAAUUCCCACAAAUAUAGGCCAAACAAUACUCCACACAACUAAUUGUUUUUUUCAUUAAUUUAUUGUAGAUUUUAAUUUCAGUUAUUGUUUUAAUAAGAA